CCGGGCGACCUUCGCCGCACAUUGAGUGAGUGCGAAGUGCGUGAACAGCGGAACAGCUUAACGUUGAACAAUGGAUAAAAAGUGUCAGGAUAACAGAGCCAGCCAGAAAAAUAGCAACAAUCCGGAAUACUGGAAAGUCAGGGGAUAUCAAGAUCGGCCCAAAGACUGGAAAGAUCAAAGCAGUAAAAGCUUCUCAAGUAUGUCUAAGGAUGCCCAAGACUACAGAUCGAGACAGAUGAAUCCGAAUAACCAAGCCUACUAUAAAAAGUAGCGUUACGUGUAACUACCGCAAUCCCACGGCAUCUACAGUACAUCCACAUCGAUAAAUAAUGCGUAUAUAAAUUUAGCCUCACCUGUAACAGAUGGCCAUAGUUCCAGCUUCAUUCAGCGUCUUUGGAGGUACAGGCUGACCACUUGGGUUCUUUAU